AUGGGCAUCUUGCAUAAAGAGAAGAUGAGCAAAGGUGAGGCAUGUAUUGAGCGUAAAGGCUCCUUUUACACUCCACCUGAGUUUGAGAAGCUUGCAGGAAAAGAGCCAUGUAGAAAAUGGAAGUCAUCUAUUUGCCACAAAGGAAAAACUCUACGCUUUUGGUUCAAGACAAAAGAAAAACAACAAUCAUCAGACCUUGAGUCCCACGAACUCUCAACAGAACCCAAGGAAGAUCAUGAUGAAGAUGAAGAUGGAGAAGAAGAUGAUGAGGAUAUGGAUGAAGAUAAUGAGCCUGACACUAAGAAAAACGAAGAUGAAGAUGCUACACCGAUUUAUAUCUAUUCUGAAGAAGAAGAAAGCGAGGAAGAUCUUGUUGAAGAUGAAGAUGGAGAACAGGAAGAUGAGGAUAUGGAUGAAGAUGAUGUUGGUGACGAUCAGCGUAGCACUGAGGAAUAUGAGCAUGAAGAAGAUGAUAAUGAUGAGGAUGAGACUGUGCCUGCUGUUGCCUCUAACAAUACUGACAGCAGUAGUACCAAAGAGAGAGUAACAGCUACAAUUCCAACACCUGGAAAACAUGCAUUAGAGAUGAAAGAGAAAAUUAGACAUCGUCCUCACAUACCAAGAUCUGAAGUCAGUGGAAAUAAGAGAGAUGUGGCAACAAACACAGCAAUCAGACUGCAAAAUGUUAAGAAAGAACCUCAAGACAAACUGAAGAAGACAACAAGCAGCACAAUUUCAACACCUGUGAAAUCUGCACUAAAGAUCAAAGAAGAAAAGGGUGUCGUUAAUAGCCUUCCUGAGGGUCUUCAUAAUAUAAAGCACCUGGAGAAGACUAGACAUCAUCCUGAGAUGCCAAGAUCUGAAGUCAGUGGAAAUAAGAAAGAUGUGGCAAAGAACACAGCAAUCAAAGUGCAAAAUGUUAAGAAAGAACCUCAAGACAAACUGAAGAAGACAACAACCAGCACAAUUUCAACACCCGUAAAAUCUGCACUAAAGGGUCUUCAUAAUAUAAAGCACCUGGAGAAGACUAGACAUCAUCCUGAGAUGCCAAGAUCUGAAGUCAGUGGAAAUAAGAAAGAUGUGGCAAAGAACACAGCAAUCAAACUGCAAAAUGUUAAGAAAGAACCUCAAGACAAACUGAGUCUUUCCUGUGAACCUCUGGCUGUGUCAGAUCAGCAAGAGCAUAAAGCUGUUCACUGCUCUGGCCACAAAGUAGCUGAUUUACAACCCAUGAGGCCAGAAGGGGGUGCGGACAUGAUGGAGGCCCUGUCACCUAAGCCCUCGGGCAGCUCUGGUUUGAAUACAGUGGAUCUUGAUGAACUAAAGAGGAAGAAAUAA